UCCAAUUUUGGUAUUCUGUGAAUUGACCAAUUCACGUAGCAAACUUACCCCUUCCUUCCGUGCUGGCUAUCAUUUUGUGUCUGGGAGGAUUGGUUUGUGAAAGAGUAAGCAGUACCUUGGAGCUCAUGCAGGAACUCGAGGAUUGAUCAGGCUUUCGGACAUGGACGCAAAUUUAUCAAUUCAAGAUAAAAUUAGGAUCCGCGCUGCCUGGCUUUGGAUGAAGCUAAACCAUCCGCUGAUAAAAGAAUUGAAUGUCGAUGAGCCUAGCGAUCUAACGGAUGCUACCGAAACGCUUCUUGAAUACAAUGCUGAAGCGGUUGACGAAUCUGCCAAUAUGUCACGACUUGAGGCUUUUCAUAUGGGACCCGUAGGCACUGGUGGUCCCACGACAGCCGACGAGGCAAACAACCUAGCCAACUUGACUUUUGGUUUGUUGGGACGAGAUCAAGAGGUCGUUAAAUACUCAAACCCCCGUCUUUUGGGCUAUUUAUUCCCGACGUUGUACCCAAGCGGCCAAGGGUUCUUUUCGUUGGACUACAGUGGUGUAAAACGAGGAUGCAAUGACGAAAUUGAAGUGUUCGAAGUAGAAGAUAUUAAUUAUCGAAAUGACCAGGCAAGUGUUCAAGAUCUUUCGUUGUUAUCUGAGGACAAUAGUGAUGGAUCGACGUCCGAUGCUUGUAGCGUUGACGAGCCCAGUGAUGAUCAAGACCAGAUCGAAAAUCCAGAAGCCGAGUAUGAAGAGUCUGAUGUAGAUUCAGACUCUAGUGAUAAUGAAGUGUUGCCUCCAAAGCUUCAAGCAUAGUUCAUUUGAACUGCCAACUACAUUACUAAAGAAGGGUCUGGCAGACUGAAGCCGGAAUAUUGUUCCAUUCGACCUGCAAUCGUUCCCACAAUUCGAUCAUUCCCUCAGGAGGCUUAGGAUACUUGGCUAGUUGCCUCUCGAGAUGCUCCCAGAGGUGCUCUAUCGGAUUCAUAUCUGGAGAGCGUGCGGGCCAAAAGAGCAAGUUGUAGUUCUUUUUCUCGAAAAAUCUCCUUGAUACUCCCACG